UUUCCAGUCGUCAUGGAAACAUUCCGUUGGUCAGUUGCAGUGUACACAAAGCACCAUGUACCGUACAAGUUGAUGGUUUAAUUUUCGCUGGAAAACAACGAAAUGAGCAACAACGACGUCGGUGAAUUUUACCUGAGCCUGUCCGGUUCCGUGGAAAGUGGUAACUUUUACGAAAUCGGAAACGCGUACUGCAAGUACGCCUAUCAGUUUGGCCAAGAUUGGAGCAUCGUAGCCGGCAUAGAGGAAGGCUUGACACAGAUGAGUAAGUGCAGCAACGACUCGAGACGUUUGGCAAUUUGGAACUUCCCUCUGGAUAUUGCCUUCAAGAGCACCAGUCCUCACGGUUGGCCUCAACUUCUCCUAUCGAUCUACGGCUUAGACAGUUUUGGCCACGACGUAAUCCAGGGCUACGGUUGCUGUCGUUUGCCUCCGCUGACCGGUCGUCACGAGAAACGGAUUGCCGUAUAUGUGCCCGAGUCGUCAUCGCUUGUGCAACAGUUCGCCGCCUGGAUAACGGGGAGAAGGCCAGAACUCGUCGAUAUCGGAAUACUCGCUACCGGCGAGGGUAGAGAGUGUGAGUGUCCAUCUACGAUAUACUGCUUUGCACUUGUAUCUUUAAUCAUUUCUUUGAUUGCAGUGACUCGAAUGAGAGUACAGGGAUACAUCGAUGUCACCUUCAACGUCGUGCUCAAGGACUUUUUUCAAUUGGGUUACGAUAAUGGACAACUAGUCAGAUGAUAUGCUUGAAGCAAACGUAUUU